AUGCAGUCACACUUAAGAAAAACACUGUCAUGGACGACGCGGUCGACGUUUUUGAAGCUCUUCUUUUUGGCUUUCCGGUUUCCGACUUUCCUCCUCAAUUCCACUUAUGUGCUGAAAGCCGUGGACUUGUCCAAGGAAUGUUUGAUUCUCGUCAACCAAAAAGCUCUAAAAAUGAAACUGGAUUGGCUACAGCUGAAAUUAAGGACUAGAUAUAUUACGGACUGUUUUAAGGGUACUGUCUGUUAAAAGAUUACUCGUGUGCGAUAGAAUGGAGAAGAAAGGUUCUGGUCUCGGCUCGAAGGCGUGGCAACAGAAAUGUAAAACGAAGGGUCACCUUUAGCGUUAUACCGGAAAAAUUGCAUCAUUACAAAGGCAUAUACCAAAAAGCAAAAGAGCUUUACGCUAAAGCGCUCAGCUUUAUGGUGCAUGCUGGUGAGAAGACCUUGGAACUUAGUUGUUACGGAAACAUGGGGACUUUGCAUUGGUCAAUGGGGAAAUAUUCCGAGGCGAAAGAGUAUCUUGAAAAGCACUUGCCAUAG